CAAUAAUAAUAAAAAAAAAGAACCCCACAAAAAGAAAAAGAAGAAAAAAAAGCUCAUAGAGAUACAAGGAGAGAAAAAAGAAAAAAAAAAAAAUCAUAGAGCUACAAGAAGUAGAAAGAUUCAUCAAGUCAUUCUCAACAGCUAUGCAGCAACACCAACAACAAAGCGACCCAUUAUGCGUAGUCCAAGCCCUAGAAGCCACCACGAAGAAGAAGACGACGACGACGACGAAGACGAAGGGGGAAACCCUAGCGUCCCCCUCCCAUGGACCUGGGGGGAGCAGCUCCCGUUGCACCCGCUCCCAAGCCGCCCCCAACUGGACCACCCACGAAACCCUAGCCCUCGUCAACGAGGUCGCCGCGUUGGACGAGGCGUGGUCCAAAUCCCUCUCCUCCUACCAGAAAUGGAAGAUCGUCUCCGACAGCUGCGCCGAAUCCGGCGUCGUUAGGGCUUCGAAUCAGUGCAAGAGGCGGUGGGAGUCGAUCCUCCUGGAGUAUCGGAGGAUUCGGCGGUGGGAGUGUAGGAAUGGGGUGGGUUCUUAUUGGGGGUUGGAUGGUGGGAGGAGGAAGGGGCUAGGAUUACCGGUUUCGUUCGAUCGUGAGGUGUUCGAUUCGAUGGACGCCGUUAUUAAGGUCGAUGAGGCGCAUCCGGGGCCGGGGAACAGCGAUUCGGAGGAGCUCAUUGGCAACGCCGGGGGAUCGGAGGCUCCGGUGGCUGCGGCCGAUGCGGUGGAUGCGGAAAUGGCCGACGCUGGCACCGAUGCCGAUGAGGAUUUGGGAGGGCGAAUGGUGGGCAUGCGCGCGAUCAUGUGUUGUCCAAAUGUUUUGGAAAAUUCUUGCUAUCGUCGAACCGUUUCUAUCUCUAUAUUUAGAUCGAGCUUUUUACCCUCUCUGAUCCGUUUGACAGGUCGUUCAUAUAUUGAAAAAGAAAAGUAGAAGAAAAACGAACAAUCCUACCAGCAAGUUGAAUAAAAGAGCUUACGCAAAAAGUCGAUAGCUUAUUUUAAGAAAACUGAAGAGGUCAUGACAAAAAUAGCGGAAGUGAGAUUAUUUACCCUAUGCCUGCAAACAGGAUCAUCGCAAUCUAAUAUCAUGUAUGAAUGUAUGGGGUGUACAACUUGCUGUUGUUGAUCUUGCAGGGUGCUUAAAAGUAGUAAGAUAUUUAGUCGUACUUGUUUUAGCUCGGUUUAACUUGACCAUUAUGUAAUUCAGAAUACAACACUUAGUUGUUCGGAACUUUAUUGUUCAUAGUGGUUUCCUUUUAGGACUUGUGGUUUAAGUGCCGAAUUGAAAUGAAACUCGCAAUAAUCAUGUGGCUUGUUAUAAGUUAGUGUAAAUAAGGGCAGUAGUUAUCAAUCCCAUAUUAACGGCAAGUCCUAAUGAGCAACCGAGCAGUAACCUCUUGAUAAUAAAGUGUAUUGUCUUCUCUCCGAUCUCUUCUUGGAUGGAGAGAUCAUAAGAAAGUCUUUCUUUGCAUGUUUAAAUAAGUAAACGUAAUUAUGUUUUUCUCACUAAUGGAUCUUUCUCUUAGCAUUAUCUAUUUGGUUUCUCUUGUAAAACUUUUGACCGCUGCUCUCGCUUUUUGAUGUUUCC